GUGAGUUCCAGGACACCCAGAGCUAUACAGAGAAACCUUGUCUUGGAAAAAAAAAAACAAAGUGCACUGGUGCCACAGGCCCUUGUGACCUCAUGCUGGUGGAAAUCCUGCUGGGUGUGUUCCACAUGCAGGGUUAGGUGUAGCCUGCCUUAGGAUUACUGACAUUCCUGGUGUGUGGUUCAGGGGGCACCUGCCCUGGACAGAGCAGCCAGUGGUGCCGUCAGGGCUAUGAGUGGGGAGGGCUGGUAUAAGGGUCAGGAACCAAAGCCACGACUGCAGGUGGCAAGGGGCUGUGGCUCAGGCUCCCACCCCACAAGGGUAAGCUGGACCCUGGCUAGAGCAGAACAAGUGUAGCAUGUUGGUGACCAGAGGGAAGUUAUGUCUGCCGAGGAAACGGGAACCCAAGUGGAGCACUGCCUGUACAGGGUUGAUUGAGCUUUAUUGUCACGAUACACAGAAUGAGCAGACCCUAGGCUCUGCAUCUUCAGUGAUGCCACCCGUGAUCCCAGAGCAUUCUUGCUAACCGAAGACCUUAGGUACCCACUUCCUUCUGUGGGUCGCUAAGAUCACGGGCCCUGUCUUGGAGCCCAUACUUUGUGGCCUUUAUCACUGGUUUCCUUUGCUGUGCACUGUGCCCUUACUUGGAUGUGUCUUGAGGACAGAGAUGGGCGUGGAGACCCAGGCUCUAGAGGGCAUGACCUCCCGCUGUGGGGCAGAGGAAGGAGGGAAGGCUCUGGGUCCCAGCCCCACACCAGGAAGUAAGCUGAGGUCAUGGACUGUGGCUGCCCACUUCCCUGUUGCUGGGAUACCUUUGUCCCUGUCAACAAUAGCCCCAGGGCCUUGGUGACUAGAGCCUCUGGGAAGGCGGGGCCAGACAUGGAAAACGUGAGGAGGGAGGCUACUCGCCCCUCUGUUCCCUCAGGCACCCUUGAACUCUACUUCCCAGACCAUCUCUACCGCAAUGACUACCUGUCCCUGGAGGGGCCCCGUUGGGCGCCGGCCAUCAAGCAAGCUGUGCGCUGGAAGUUCACGCCCAUGGGACGGGAUGCGGCCGGCCAGGUGUGGUACACCGGCCUGACCAACUCGGAACCGUGCGAUGCCUGGUACAAGCUGCCCCGCGCGCUUGACGCUCCGUACCGCGAGGCCCACACGCGUUGGCACGGCUGCUUCCAGAGCCGCCAGCGUGGCCUGCCACCCGCCUACACACAGCACUUGCGGGAGAUGGCCUUCUGGGACCCCGCGAUACCCGCGCAGUAUCUCAACUCCGGUGUGCGCUGGGGGUGCGUGCAGUGGAGGGACAGGCAAAUCCGUGGCAAGGAUUUCGUGGUCACCAGAAACCAGUUCGGGGCAAAGCUGCCCUGGCGGUCUGACUAUGUGCCGCUCCUGUCGCCGCCACAGCGGCCGCGCUUCACCGCGCAGGACUUCAGACAGCGGGGCCUGGAGCGGCCCUGCCCAGCCACCGGCCAGCCGCCCCCGGCUUUCACACCGGCGCUCUGAUAAAGACGUGCUACCGACUCGUGUGUCCGUGUGUCCGUGAGCCAGGCGUUCUCUCCCACACGCAGCCCGGGCAU